AUGCACAAUCCUGGAUUCUUACCUCCCCCAGAUGCCUUCGCGCCAGGUCCAGGCGAUGUCAGUCUUGACGUCGGCAUUGUCGGAGCUGGGAUUGCGGGAUUGAGUGCUGCGAUAGCCCUGACGAGGAGUGGGCAUCGUGUUGAGAUCUUCGAACGCUCGCAAUUCAAAAGCGAAGUCGGCGCCGCAAUCCACUCCUCCCCGAACGCAACCAGGAUUCUCAAAUACUGGGGAUUCGAUUUCGAACGGGCGCAGGCGUUGGAUCUUGAGCAGCAUCAUCUUCUCAAGGGCAGCACCCUCGAACUGCUCCAAGUCACCGACCUGACGCACAUCCCGGCAAAAUACUGCAAUCGCUACCUCUCCUUCCAUCGGGUGGACUUGCACAGCGAGCUGCGCCGGCUGACCGUGGAGUCGCCGUCGUCGUCAGGUACACAGUCGCGGUUCGCCUACAAAGUCACAGGCUUCGACAGCCCAGCCGCUCGGACCGGACAGGCAGCCUUCCGAUUCCUCAUCCCGACGAAAACGCUCCUUGAAGAUGAGCAGACCAGACUUCUGUUCGAAGACUCGACGGUUCGGUUGACCCUGGCAGUGGGCGAAGAUCGCAGACUGGUGUGGUACCCGUGCAGGGGGUCAGUCGUUGCAUUCGAAGAUAUUGGAAUUCGUCCGCAUCACGCGAGCAACUUUUGGAGGCGUUUGCCGACUUUCAUCCCAGGCUCAGAGCGAUCUGCAGACCAAGGCCAAGGGGCAGGCCAAGCGAUCGAAGACGCCGCAGCGCUGGGAGUCCUGUUCUCGCACUUCACUCCGACAGAUAGCGUGUCGUCGCGUCUGCAGCUGUUCGAGUCGGUGCGUAGGGACCGGGCGUCUGCUAUCCAGAUCUUCUCACUCGUAGGGACGGAUCAGGCAGAGAAGAUGAAGGAGGCGGCGGGAGUGCAUAUCAAGGAUGGAAAGAUACCUAGAAAGAUUAUCUAUUCUUUUUCUUGUCAUUCCUUCAUCGAUAAACAAUCUGCUGGCAGUAUCGCAUUAAAUACUAUUGACACCGAAAACGUACUGUAUAUACAUCCUGUCUGCCUGAUCAUUAAAUCAAUCAAUCAACCUACAUAUGUACUCGAUAUGCAUAGACAGACACUUGCACCCAACCCAACCAAAGCAUAUCAAAGCAUAUCAAACCAUGCUAUGCCAUUAUAUAAUUUCAUUAAUGUCUGUAAUGUACACAAAUACAUACAUAGACAGGACAUACUGCAUACUGUAGACACGGCACGAGAGGAGACAACAGGGGCAGGAACAGGAGGAGACGACAAGAAAAAGGAAAUCUCUUUUUCCUUCUUCUUUGGGUAUCGUGUCGGAGCUUUCAUACACACAUACAUACCUUAUACUGUAGAUGUAUUCUAUCGCAGAACUAAGCUAAGACUAAGGCUAGGCUAUACAAAGCAAUCUCUACCCUGCCCUGACGACGGAACGGAACCAAAGAUGGCAGAUUAG